AUGUCUGCCCCAGUCACCCUAUGCAGCUUCAGCGGCGAAAGAGACGACAAUGUCCAGCCAGGCGAGUUUCUGAAGACCUUCGGCCGCUUCACAACGUCCGCCUGCAUCACGGACGACGACCUCAUCAUCACAUCCUUCGGAGACCACCUCAAGUACGGGUCCCCUGCAGACAACUGGUUCGCAGAGCUAACCAGCACGAAGCAGACGUGGAAAGAGGUAGAAACAGUGUUUUUGCAAUGCUUUCCGCCCGUCGAGAAGGCUAAAAGGACGGAAACCGAGUUAGAGAGGGAGUUGUGUGAAUUAAGGUUGAAGACAGGGGAGUUGGGGAAGAAGGAGAAAUACGCAGGCGAAGAAGUCUACACCCACGUCAUAUUCGCAGAAAAGGCUCUCAGCCUCGCAAAACAAGCCAAGAUCAGCACGGGGUCGAAUUCGAUCUGGAAGGUCAGAGACGAGCUACCCAACAUUAUACGCCAGAAGGUCAAGGAAACAUACCCAACCUGGACCGAAUUUUGUGCAGCGAUCAAAGGGGUAGAAAUGGCUCAUAUACGAGAUGGGGUGAAGAAGUACCAGAAGGAGAAGGAGGAGAAGGAGAAAACGGAGGCGGCUAUAGCAAGCCUACAACGCUUACACCUGCAGGGACAACGUCGCCUCCCAGCCGCGCCCACAUCCUCAGUAUCAAACGUCAGUCAAACCCAGCAGUCAUCAACCUUGGGAGGUCAACGUAACAACAUGCCACAAUCCAAUUCAACCAACACGAAUGCAUACACAGCCCCAUCAAGUGGCCAAGGCAACCUGCCCCGCCCAGCUCCCUCGCCAAUCACUGAAGCUGAUCGAAGUGCGUUAAUCCGCAGCUUGGCCCUCUACCCCAUGCAACCCAACACCGAAGCAGGCAUCGCAGUGUGGCACGCCCAACUCAGGGAAUGGAAGGCGAAGAAUGGCGAAACUGCUGAGGUUACAGUAAACACAGGGUUUCCACUACAACCAGGGGGUGAGGCCCCUGGUUCAGGGGAGUGCUACAGAUGCGGAAGGGGAGGACAUCGCCGCAUCGACAUGCGCUGCACAACUGACCAAAUCAACAACAAGGAGCGCACGUUCCACACAAUAUGUGGCCGCAUCCUUCGAGCUGCGCCUACCUCUCGAGUCAACUUCCUGGCUCAACCAUCAAGCCUUCAGACCCACGCCGAGCCCGGGAAAUGGAGAAGGGCCGCCUGCAUAGGAGUUGAGUGGGUGGCCCCGACUUUAGUAGGGCCUACAGAGGUUGACUGCCCCAGCAGUCAGAACAGUCUCAAUGAUGUAUCUACCAUGCGCCAUAAUUCAUCACUCAUUGAUUUGUACACUGUUGGGGACGGAGAUAAGACAUGGGAUACAUUAAGACAAGGAGAAAUGCCCUUUGUGCAUGGACCACAAGGCGAAAAAGUUAGAGUCAAGGCGGUGUUUGAUGGAGGAGCGAUGGUGGGCGCUAUGUGUACAUCAUUCUUCAAGAAGGUCCAGCACAGACUUCUAGGCCAAACCACACCAUCCAACAGACGUUUGCGUGUGGCGAAUGGCACCAUCGUACCCUCACACGCAGUAUGGACUGGGAUGUUGGAAUUGGGAGGAGUUCAGGCGAAGGCAGAGUUUGAAAUCUUCGAUAGUGGAGGCGGCUGGGAAUUCUUAUUUGGGAAACCGCUACUACGUUGCUUCAAGGUGUUGCAUGACUUUGAUGCGGACAUGGUCACCAUUCACGCUGCUGCUCAUGGACCAGUCGUAUUAUGCAACAGCGUCAGCCAAUGUGCCCCGAAGACUCCUUUAGGCGUUAGCCUCACACUCAGUGUGGAACAGCGGGAAAACUCAGUAGGGGGCUCUUCAGGCGUGAAACCCUCUCCGAGGCAAGUUUUGCAUCACGAGGUCUUAGACGUUGAAGUUCAGAAUGACGAGUCGGAUUGCAUUUUAGGUGGUACUAACGACAUGUCAACUGUAACAGGUGGGUACAUCGUAAACGAAGAUGAAAGUAUAGUGCAGGAAGAAGAAGAGUGGUUGAAGGAGGCCGAGGAAUGCGAGAGAGAGAGUAUACCACAGGAGAGCCAUGAAGGAGUACGAGCCAUGGACCAGAAGCGGGAUGAGCAGGGAUCAGAACGUUGUACAGACCAGGGGGGAGGUAACAUACCCCCCUCGAGGGAAGUACAAUAUCAAAGUGCUGCUUCAGCAGGGGCGAGCGAAACUGAUGAUUUCCUUGUUGCAGUCCCUAAUAGUGUUCGCAGGUCCAGUCUACAGGACUGA